AUGGAGCUCAAGUUGCCUGAUCUCGAAUAUAUCUGCCCGUUCCCUCUACUAUGUAAUCCUCUAUACGAGGCCGCGCGCGGCGAGUCAUCUGCCUGGGUCGAGACAUUUGCGCAUUAUGCAGACAACCCGCGCAAGAGAGCAUUCCUGCGCUCUUCCGACCUCAAACGCAUGGCAUCCUUCGCUUACCCAAUAGCCGACUAUGAGGCGUUGCGGGUCAUUUGCGACUGGUUCAAUGGUAUCUUCGUGGUCGAUGAGCUUACAGAUGACCAGACCGAAGAAGAAGCAGCGAAAACGAUGCGGGCCCACUUGGAUGGUCUUUUCGGAAGCGUCGGUGACCAGUCGAUCGUAUAUGAUAUGUAUAAAGAUAUAGGAUCCCGACUGAGGAGACUGUUUGGUGGCAAUGCGUUCAAGCGUUUCCUGACGAGCAGCGCAAGAUAUUCCCAGCAAGUUGCAAGAGAGGCAAAGCUACGACAGGAGGACAAAGUCUUGUCGUUCGACGAAUACACCAUCUUCCGCGGUCCACGAGCGGUGCUCAUAUCUGUUUGGACUUCAUCGAAAUGGUCUUUCGCUUUGAGCUUUCGGACGCGGUUCUCAACGAUAAGGUGUUCGAGAGAAUGCAUGAUAACGUGGCCUGGACGAACGAUAUCCACUCUUACGCCAUUAGAAUACGGCACGGGGCAUAAGAACGCCAACGUCCUCACCGUCGUCAUGCGCGAGAAAGGCGUCGACCUGCAAACGGCGUCCGACAAUUCGAAACAUCGCCCGUGGGACGAGGCAACCAUGGCUCACCUGCGCCAGCCUACCUCUGCCGUAGAGUGCUGGCUCAGCGGCAUCAUGGUACUUCGGCGGAGAUAA